AUGAUUGAUCAAUUUGUUGUCUUUACUCCUUCAGGACAGGUGUUGUACAAUUUCAGCCCUCAAGGAAAGCGAUUGGCUGAGAUACAGGUGAAUAAAGUGGUGUCUGAACUAAUCACCAACGGUGCCAGAAGAGAUGAGAGUUCGCAUAAGUACACCAUUUUGAAACUCGACCAAUUCGCUGGUAUGUGCAAUAUUUCCAAACAUCCACCCCUUGUGUUUCUUUGUACAUAUGCUGCUCAGGAACUAGAACAGAUUCGUGAAGCUGAGCAAAUCCUGGACUUGGGAAUCAAUCUUUGGGAAUCACUAGAACUUUAUCAGGUCAUGGAACGUAACACAAGUCGACAAGGUGGCCCCAAAAACCACCACAAUUUUACGUGGGUACUACAGGACUGCGACGAACAGAUGUCUAAGUUUGACGAGUACUUCAAGUUGAAGCUUACCGAUGUGAAAGCAGCAAAAACCAAGAUUAGGGAACCACCUAUCAAGGCAAAUCCACAAACUUUGAAAGCACCAUCGAAAAAAUCAGCAAUCAAUGUGAAAUCACGGAAAUGGGGCCGAGAUGGUAUCAUGGAAGAUAGUUCCACUCAAGGUGAUUUGUCUUCACUUGAUUUUUCUGCAGAAGGUACACCAGAAGUUACACCAAGUGCAGUUUCGGAAGUGAAUGAAAAGGCUUUUGGAACCAGAACAGAAAAUGGCGAGUUUCUCAUCAAAGAGAUCGACGAACUCUUAAGUAAAAACAAGCGCGGUUCCGCCGAGAAACCCACUGCAAGCACUGGGGCUUUCAGUUUCCUGCAAAAACAUUUGCUUGGUAACAAAUCAAUAUCUCAAAGCGACCUUACAACUGUCUUGGAAAAGCUGAAGCAAAAGCUCAUUACCAAGAACGUUGCACCUGAGGCUGCUGACCAUCUCGCAUCCAGGGUGUCCCAAAAUUUAAUUGGUACCACUACAGCAAACUGGACAUCGGUAGAGACAACAGCAAAAGACUCUUUACAGCAGGCUUUGACCGAGUUGUUAACACCUGGUGUUUCGGUUGACUUACUACGGGAAAUACAGCAAAGGAUCGGCGAUACCGGUAAAAAAGCACCAUAUGUUUUCUCAAUUGUCGGGGUAAAUGGUGUAGGAAAGUCGACAAAUCUUUCCAAACUCGCAUUUUGGCUAUUGCAGAACAAUUUUAGAGUUUUGAUUGUUGCUUGCGACACUUUUAGAUCUGGCGCAGUUGAGCAACUUCGAGUUCACGUUGAGAACUUGGCUCAAUUGACGGACGAGACACAUUUACGCGGUUCAAAAAACAGAAGAGGCAAGACUGGUAACGAUUUUGUGGAACUCUUUGAAGCUGGUUAUGGAGGUUCAGAUUUGGUAACCAAAAUUGCAAAGCAAGCAAUUAAAUACGCAAGCGAUCAAAGUUUUGACAUUGUUCUAAUGGACACAGCUGGUAGAAGACAUAAUGAUCCUACGCUUAUGUCACCCCUCAAACCUUUUGCCGAUCAAGCCAAACCAGACAAGAUUAUUAUGGUUGGUGAGGCUCUGGUAGGGACUGAUUCGGUUCAACAAGCUCAAAACUUCAAUUCUGCCUUUGGCAAGGAAAGAAAUCUAGAUUUUUUCAUUAUUUCUAAGUGUGAUACCGUCGGUGACAUGUUGGGAGCAAUGGUUAACAUGGUCUAUGCGACAGGAAUACCCAUCCUCUUCGUUGGAGUCGGCCAAACCUACACGGACCUGAGAACGCUGAGCGUCGGAUGGGCCGUUGAUACUUUAAUGUCAUAG